AGCAAAAUCACGUUUAGUCAUGUGUGUUGUAUCGAAGGACACUUAGUGCAUUAGUGAAUGUACCUUACAAUCAGCUGUUUGUUUUGAUGUAAUUUUGAUAAAAGGACUAACAUUUAAACAGGGGUGGGAUUUUAUCAUGUGAUACUGAGUCAGUAUAUUGUGUUUAACUUUAACGUCAAUACAAGGAAACCAUAUAGCUUAUUACGCAGUUUAUCUCAAAGGAUGUGUUAAAAAAUAUACAACUCUUAAAACGUAAGUGUAUUAUAUUUCCUGGAUGAUAAUUAUGGUUAAUGUGACAGCCUGAGAAAAUGAUACGCAAAGUGUUUCUUGAUGGCGAAGUCAAAUAUCACACAUCUUACGUAUAACAUUGUUGUUAUGGGGGAUCCUUACUGUGGAAAAUCUUCUAUCAUAGAGAGAUACACGAGUGGAAAAUACGGUCCAAACUAUGUACAAACAAUAGGUUCUGAGUACUCGAAGAAAGAACUUGUAAUCGACGGAAACCCCAUUAUGCUUUAUGUCUAUGACACAGCAGGUCAAGAGGAUAUGAGGACUGUUAUCAAAAACAUCUACAGAAAAGCACAGGGUAUACUUUUAGUGUUUGACUUUUCAAGAAAAAAGACUCUCGACAAUAUACGAAAUUGGAUAGAUCUGAUUCAAAUGAACUGUGAUAUUACUCCGGAGUUGAUGUUGGUUGGGAACAAAGCAGAUCUAGAAGACUUAAAGGUCACUUCUCUUGAUGCCAAAUCGUUUGCAGAAUCUCAUAAUAUGCCAGUUCUAGCAGUGAGUGCCAAAAAGAAUCAUAAUAUAGAUGAGGCCUUUGACCUGUUGUCAAAGAAAAUAUUUGCCAAUAGGAAGAGGCUUUACCCUGGUAAUAUGGUCACUAGUAUUCAUGUACAUCAGGAACAAAAGCAGCAAAGUAACUGCUGUACCUAGCAAUAGCUCGUCAUGAAAUCAUCUACCACAUUGGAUCAUUAUGCCAGAAACGUUGCCUAAAGAAAGACAGUCUGUGCAAGUAUUGGAAAGUCGGCAUUGUUGGAAUACGCAAAGAAAAUUUAUUUCAUCCUAUUGUGAUAUUCAUGUUGACAAAAACGUUCGGAGAUUUUACUUGAAUUCAGGGGAGAUAACCACUACGAGGUAUAAGAUGAUAUAAUUCAGUCUGACACGAGUUACGGAUUUGUUUAUGUCAUAUGAUUCACAAUUAUGUUUAUAAUUGCAUCUUGAUGUUACCAUUAUUCAAACAAAGUAACCAUUCAAACAAUCAAGUUAUAUUUAGGUUUUUUGUGUGACUGUCGCGUGAAAAUGGUCUCAUCACAUGUUACAUUGCCCGUAUUGUAUAACAAUGGACAAAGUUUCAAAAGCUGUUUUAUUUCUUGUUCCUUAGUCAUAAAGAAAUGUGUCUUAUAAGUUUAGAAUGUUUGCAAAUUUUCAACACAUAUUGCUGUGUCUAGAUUUAAUAUUGCCUCAGCAAAGCACCUACUCUGAAAGUAAGACUACUCUCACACUAAUUCUAGAUUGUAAAGUCUGAAAUUGAGACCACUCUCAUUGAAAUCCUGAAUAGUAAAGUCUGAAAACGGAGACUGCUCUUACACAGAUCCUGAACUGUAAAGUCUUAAACUGAGACUGUUCUCACGCAAAUCCUGAAUUGUAAAGUCUGAAAGUGAGACUGCUCAAACUGAAACGGUUACCGUGAAUUGUAAAGUCUGUCUAUGAAACUCAACUUUCAAUGGAAUCCUGAUUUGUAAAGUCUGAAACUAAGACUAUGUUCUCAUUCAAAUCUUGAAUUGUUAAGUAUGAAACUGAGUUUCUACUUUCACUCAAAUCUUGAAUUUCAAAGUCUGAAAAUUGGCAUUCUACUUUCAGUCUGAUCCUAAAUUAUAAAGCCUGAAACUGAGACUCCACUUAAACUCAAAUUCUGAAUUGUAAAGUCCGAAACUGAGAUUCUACUUUCACUCAAAUCUUGAAUUGUAAGGACGGAAACUGAGACUACUCUCACUCAAAUUCUGAAUUUUAAUGUCAGAAAUUUAAGGCUCAACUUUCAAACAAGCAACGAAUUGUAUUUUAUUUAAGGCCUCCUUCGGAAAACCACGUUUUUUUUAAAAAGCAAGUCUUAGUACAUUUACACAGGCAUGUUUAUUCGCGCAUCAGUAUUAAACUUUUGUUUUUAAUAAAGUAUUGUUGGAUUUAUUAACACUACAGAAAGUGCUUCAAAAUUCCAUCUGUGCUGAAUCAGUACACAGAUUUAAUGGAAAAUAAAAUACUUGGAACAUUGAUGAACAAAGGCUGAACUCAGGCUUAGGUUGACACAGUACGAAGCUUAAUGAAUUUUAAGCUUGGAAAUUUUAUAUUCACUGUAUUCAUACGCUUUUAAAGUGGAUACUCUUUUUCUGUGCCCCGUUAUUCCAGAACAUCUGAGGAGAAACUGUUUUGUCAAAAAGAAAUAAAAAACACCACCAGGCAGUCAUUGGCGCAGUGGUUGGAAGGUUGGACGAGAACGCCUGCGUUCCAGUUCAGUUCCCUGUCGCGACUGAUAUCCCGACUAGUGUUCAGUGCAUGGUGAUUUACUUAAAUUGGUAUAUUUUCCAGCAGUUUUGGCCUAGACUCAGUUUGAAUGAGUUUUGAUAGAGUGCUCUGCAAUGGAAUAAGAGAGAGAAUGCGAAAGUCACUGAAUAAACAUUUUCAAAAAAUGUUCCCUUGAUCUAUAGCAAAUCCCGAUUUAAUAAGAUCAAUAGGAUUUCAUGUACUUCAAGUAUUUAUUUAUCUUUUCAUGCCAACUAUUUUUUUCUAUACCCACAUUCUUGGCCUAAUUUAAUACACCUUUAUAGAAAUACUCUGUCGGAACGGAAAUUGUAUAUAGCUUCAUAAAUAGCUCGUUUUAUUUGCUUAUAUCGAUAUGUUAUCAAAAUAAUUGUUUAUUCUUCACAGUGAAAUAUUUACUUACAUUUGAUUACAGCUUAUGAUUUAUUUACUGUUUGAAAACAAAACCCCCUUCAAAUGCAGUAAAUGGUCACAAUCAUAAAUCUGUGAUCGGGUUAUACUAAACUUAUGUUAAAUUUCUAUAGAUGUUAAUGUUUCCUUCAUUAACCAUUAUCAUGCUGGACAUGAUCCAUUCUGCCUUUGCGAUCAGUGUAGAUCAUGAUCAACCUGCACAUCCGUGCAGCCUGAUCAAGUUCUACACUGUUCGCCAUUCAGUCUUUUUUUUGGUAAGCACCCCUUUUAACAGUAAAAGGUACUGUCCAAAUUAAAAGAUGGACAAGUUCAUUAUAGAAAUUUGUCGUGGUAAGGGUUAAAUCCAUAAUAUCAUGUGUUUGUGAAUGUUGUCUAUUUAUAGCAAACUCAAAUAUAUGUUAUACAUCAUUCUACACACCUCUUAAAAGUAUGUAGGGGCAUUUUAACUGAUAAUUUUCUUUUCUUAUAUAUAUAUAUAUAUAUAUAUAUAUUUAUCUGUUAAAGAAUCAGUAAUGUGCUAAUUCAUGUUUACUUGUUUAAUCAAGCGUUCUAUAGUAAGUCAAUUUUACGAAAAUCCUAUAUUUGUACAAUAUCCUCCGAAUCCUUAAGGAAAAUAUUUUGGAAACAACACUACACAGUUAUAGUGACUCAAUUUUACUUAAUUCUUAAUUCUAUAGUCCGAUUUCUUUAUAAAGAUUUGUGAUAUAAUGUGAGACAAUUAACAGUUUUCUGUGAUAAUAUUUUAAAUGUCGCUUAUUCAGUUUACUUAAGAAUGCCUGAAUCGUAUUUCAAGGAUUGACAAAAAAUGAAAACCGGCUUAAAAAAAUAUUAGCUUAAUUCUUAAUCCAAAUACAUACAGUUUCAAUGAUUAUUAAGUAAUAAUAUCUUUGAUUUUUAAAGGGUACGUCAAAAGUCCGCGAAUUUUUCAGUACUACGAUUUUUGUUUAACAAUUCUUCAAUAGUAUUUUAAACUGUUAAUCCGGUUUCAGGUUGCUAUAACCAGUACUAAGUUGUAUUUCCGCAAAUAACUUACAACUUCACAAGAUUAUUCAUAGAACUAAAUACAUUUAUAUACAACUGUGAAUUACAUAAUAAAUGAGAGGAUAUGCCUCAUUUGACCAAAAACGCACCCUUCUCGUCCCAUACAUUUGUUGGUACAACGGUCUUAGUUAAAAAUGAAUUAUUUGUAUAGUUACAAACACGCUAUUCGUACAGAAUUAGUAAGUCAAGAAGGCCUUUCACCUGAGAUAUUUGUAGUACAAAAUAUAAUCCAAGCGUAACAAUAUUUUCAAAGAUUUUAUUAAUUGCCGAAAAGCUAAAUGUUGAGAUGGUGGUGUUACUUGUUUACAUAGAUGAUAAUGUUACUUGUUUACAUAGAUGGUAAUGUUACUUGUUUACAUAGAUGGUGAAGUAUGGUGAUGUUACUUGUUUACAUAGAUGGCAAUGUUACUUGUUUACAUAGAUGGUAAUGUUACUUGUUUACAUAGAUGGUGAUUUUACUUGUUUACACAGAUGGUUAUGUUACUUGUUUACAUAGAUGGUAAUGUUACUUGUUUACAUAGAUGGUGAUUUUACUUGUUUACACAGAUGGUUAUGUUACUUGUUUACAUAGAUGGUAAUGUUACUUGUUUACAUCACGUCAUUCUACAGGAAAACGGUCUGUAAUUACAUUCUACAGUGAGAAGAUCGGUGGUCUAGCGGUUAAGGUGUCGGCCGCUCAACCUUGGGUCGUGGGUUUGAGGUCCACUGAUGCUACAAAAGCGCCUUCCCAUAUGACACCGGUACUGGCUUUUCCAGGAAGCGGACUAUAGAGAGUGGUUCAAAUAAGCUUUAAUGUUUUAUCACAGUCGAGCUAAAUAGAAUAGUAUAAACUAUUUACAUUUCUAAUGAAAUAGUUUGUGAUGAAUUCAAAUACUGUUAAUACAUAUGAUAAAUAUGCAUACAAACCAGUUGUCAGAGCUGCUGCUGAUGUAUUUUUAUUCAUUUAUAAUAAAGAAGUUUAAUCACGA